UCCCCUUAACACCACGUUUACUGUGUAACUGAAGAGCAAAAAAAAAAAAAAAACAAAAAAAUCCUAAACCUCGGAAUUUCAGAACUGAUCAUCUUCACAACCCUGUUCUCCAUUCUCACAACCCUACUCAUUGUUCUCCAUUCUCACAGCCCUGCUUCAAGAAUCAACCCUGGAAACAGGCUAGAGAACUACGGAUUCUGCAUGAAUUGAUUAUCAAUUUUGUACCCCAGGUCCGGUGGAACAACCUGAGUAAUUUGGUUUCUAUUAUUCUGAGACUUCAACAAUCAGCAAUCACCGGAAACAGGGGUAUCAACAAAGAGAUACUCUUUGUUAGCUAGCGAAUGAACUUUUAAUUUGAGGUAAGCAUAUGAUUUGGUUAAAUUGCUUUUGUGUUUACUCUUUGAAGAAAUGGUAGGACACUUAAGCAAUUCGAGGACAUUCCAUUUCCUGAUAUGUCCAGCAGAGAUGAUUAUGGAAAUACAUUACUCAGGGAAGAACUCAGUUACAGUACCAGAGAAAUGAAGAAUGAGUUUGAAGGUUUAAGAAGAAACCUAAAUGAAGAACAUACAAGGGUCUUUGAAGCUGUUAUGCGAUCGGUUGAGGAUAGCAAAGGCGGGUUGUUCUUUGUGUAUGGCAGUGGUGGUACUGGGAAAACGUAUUUGUGGAGGACGAUUAUCACCGCUCUGCGUGCACAGUCCAAAAUCGUGUUGGCGGUGGCGUCUUCAGGGAUAGCAUCCCUUUUGCUACCAGGAGGUCGAACAGCACACUCACAAUUCAAAAUCCCAUUUAAAUUAUACGACAACUCAACUUGCACUGUUAACAAGAAGUCUGAUUUGGCAGAACUGAUAUGUAAAGCAGACCUGAUCAUUUGGGAUGAGGCACCGAUGAUCAACAAACAUGCACUUGAAGCUCUUGAAAGAACUGUGACCGAUAUAAUGACAAAAGACGAUACAGUUUCACCGAAACCAAUAUUUGGCGGGAAGACUCUUUUGCUCGGCGGUGAUUUUAGACAGAUUCUGCCAGUAAUUCAAAAAGGCUCAAGGGAGAUGAUUGUUGACUCUUCUAUCAGUAGAUCAAAAUUAUGGAAACAUUUCAAGAUAUUCAAAUUAUCUACAAACAUGCGGCUAAUGAAUGCAGAUUCAGAUGACGCACAACAACAGGAAAUAGCAGAUUUUGGCAAGUGGGUGUUAGACGUCGGAGAUGGAAAAAUCCCAAUCUCGGAAACUAAAGAUGACAGUACUUGGAUACAAAUCCCAGAUGAUUUAUUGGUUAAAUGUGAUAAUGGCGAUUACAUCAACACCAUUGUCGAAAGCACAUAUCCGUCUUUGCUUGAAAGGUACGUAGAUUACCGGUCCCUAGAAGAACGUUGCAUCUUAGCACCAACGAAUGAAAGUGCAGACCAGAUAAAUGAACAUAUGAUCUCAUUGAUUCCUGGGGAAGAUCAUGUUUUUCGUAGUGCAGACUCUAUAAGUCCGGAGACAUCAGAUUUUCAGAGUAAGGAAGUUUUUUAUACAAAUGAAUUUUUAAAUUCACUGACAUUUUCAGGAUUUCCUAACCAUGAGAUAUAUCUCAAAGUCGGAAUUCCAAUAAUGCUUCUACGGAAUCUAAAGCAAAGUGAAGGCCUCUGCAAUGGAACAAGGCUUAUUGUCACACAAAUAGCCGGAAAGGUUAUUCAGGCAGAAAUACUAACUGGAAAGGGAAGAGGAAAACGUGUUUUUAUACAUAGAGUAGUUCUUGAACCUUCAAAUACAGGACUGCCUAUCAUUCUUAGGAGACGCCAAUUCCCCAUAAAGGUAUGCUUUGCGAUGACGAUAAACAAGAGCCAGUGCCAAAGUCUUCCAAUUGUUGGUAUAUAUUUGGAAAAGCCAGUUUUCUCACAUGGGCAGUUGUAUGUAGCGGUUUCAAGAACAACAAGCCGGCAAGGUCUGAAAAUACUCAUCAAGAGAGGCGAAGACGACCCAGAAGGUUACACACAGAACAUCGUGUAUAAAGAAAUUUUCAGCAACUUGAGCUGAAUGUAUCAGUUACAUUAUUUUUCGAUACAAAAACAAAUUUGUUUGAACCAUCAAUGUGUUGUCUACUUUUGUUAAUCUUAACUU